AUGUCGAGAAUCGUUGUACUUGGGGCGGGAGUAUCCGGACUCACGACUGCUUUCUGUCUCUAUGAAGAAUUUCGUGAAAAGAUCAAGGAUCUGACGAUCGUUGCAUCUGAAUUUGUGGGCGACUACCACGCUCACGACUUCGCGUCACCAUGGGCGGGAGCUAACUGGGCAAGUUUCGCCAAAAUUGAUGAAAUAGAUCAGAUCGAGAGAGACAAGGCAGCUUAUUUGAAAUUUUCUGAGUUGUCCACAACGGAUCCAGCUUCCGGUGUCAAAUCUUAUAUGCUCAAAUCCUGCUUUUUGAAAGAAAAGGGACUCCCAUGGUACAUUCAGCAGAAAUUUGUCAAGAACAUAACCAUGCUAAGUGCCGAGGAGCUUCGGUUUAGGAAUCUUGACCCCGAACUUUAUUACGGAGUUCAAUUUCAGAGCUUCACGGUUACCCCUACAAUUUACUGUGCUUACAUGUUGAACAAACUUCGCAAACUAGGCGCUACGAUCAAGAGAGUUGCGCGGUUGGAUCUAAUAACAGACGUUGUGCCCCUUGUUGGAUACGUCCCAGAUCUCGUUGUCAACGCAACAGGUAUCAAUGCCGCUAAACUACUGAGACUGGAGGAGCCUGACGAAUUGAAAAAAGCCCUGCCUGUCAAAGGCCAGAUUCUACAAAUUUACGAAGAUUUGCCCUUUCAGGUUAUGAUAGAGGGUUUGCCGAAAGAACUUGGCGUUAAAACCAGCCAGUUUUUAAAUAUUUUCCCCCGUGCCGAAGGCGGAUGUGUUGUGGGCGGCAUCAUGGCCAAAGGCGACUGGUCGAAAACUGUAGACAAGGAUCUAAGUGAGAGUAUUUUGAAAGUUUGCAAAAAUCACGUCCCUGAAUUAAAAGCUACCACAGUGUACAAUUCGUAUGUGGCCUUGAGACCAGGUCGCGAAGGAGGGGUAAGAAUCGAGCUUUCUGAAUACAAGCUUGAAGGCCAAAAUAGAAGUCUCAAAGUGGUGCACAACUACGGUAUUGGAGCUGCUGGCUAUCAGUCAUCUUACGGAAGCGCUCGUCAAGUUUGCGAGCUCGCAUCGAAGGUGCUGGGCUCUCGGAAAAAAUCAAGCAAACUAUGA